UUUAAGUUUGUCAGCCUUUUGCCGCCUUCAGCACUUCUUCUGCCUCUCACUGUUGGAAGUUGGCGGCCUUGUCUUUUCCUUUUUCCUUUUCCUCACCAUAUUCGAAGUCGCUGUAUUUCAAAAAGCGCAUCACAAAACAAUCGCCACUCUAGAGUUUCUUUGGUUCUCAACAGGGUUUGGUACAAGGAAACUUGGCAUCAAUCUUUACCAUGGCCGAGACACCGGCAGCAGCUCCAUCACAAGGAGGCUCUCACCAAGGAAGAGGGGGCCGCCGAGGCCAUUUCAGAGGAGGCCGUUUCAGAGCUGGUCGUCGACAUGGCCCACAGCGAUCGGAGACUCCGGGCGAGGGGAGCGCAACAGCACACACAGAGCCCGCCACAAACGCUUCCGAGCCAGUGGCUACCAACCGCGAUGAGGCUGCGGACGUGACAUCCCAACGCAGUAACCAUUCCGGGAGGGGCCGAGGUGGGAGGGGGAGGGAGGGCGGUGUGAGACGUAGUAGAGGUACCACCGCCGGUCAACGCUCCAUCGUGGUAUCGCAUCGGGGUGGACGAGGACCUCCUCCGGUUCCGGGGGCAGGAGCCGGCGGCGGGUCUACUCCCGGGCUCAAUGUUACCGCCGCCGAGUUCGUCCCGGGUCAACCCGUACCGUCUUUGAUUCCUCAGCCAAAACCCCAGCUUUCUUCAACUAUCAUGGCGAAAUCCACUGCUGCGGACCUGCCCACUCGUAUCCAUGAGGAUAUCGACCGUCGCCAGUACGAAUGCGUCAUCUGCACAAACGAUGUGCUGCGGAACUCCAAGGUGUGGUCCUGCUCCAUUUGCUGGACCGUAACCCAUCUUCACUGUGUGAAGAAGUGGUACACCAACCAGAUGAAGGAGCGGGAGGAGCAUCAGGGCCCGGACCGGCCUGAGGGUUGGCGGUGUCCCGGUUGCAACUCUACCUUGAUCGAACAGCCAGGGCCCUAUCGCUGUUGGUGUGGCAAAGACGUCGAUCCCAAGCCCAUUGCCGGGCUUCCUCCCCAUACCUGCGGACAAACUUGCUCGAAACCAAGGCCAACUUGUCCGCAUCAAUGCCCGUUGAUGUGCCACGCGGGGCCUUGCCCGCCGUGCACGCUGAUGGGCCCGACACAGUCUUGCUUCUGCGGAAAGCAUACCUCGACCAAACGAUGCAGCGAGACCGACUAUGGAAAGGGCUGGAGCUGCCAGGAGCCUUGCGGCGACCUUCUUCCCUGCGGAGAGCACCACUGCACCCAAACCUGCCAUUCCGGGUUAUGCGGCUCCUGCGAGGUGUUGAUGCCGUCGACCUGUUAUUGCGGAAAGGAGCGGCGAGAAAUCCCUUGCAGCCAACGUGACGGCGUCAUGGAGUCCUUUAACCAUGGGCAACUGAAACCAGCAUCUGAUAGCGCAGAACCCGGGUCAAGUCAGUGGUUCGACGGUUCCUUCCGCUGCAGCAAUAUCUGUGGCCGGGCAUUUGACUGCGGACACCAUAUCUGCCAGAAACCAUGCCACCCCCAAGAUGAACCGGCCGCCCACUGUCCCCUGUCGCCGGACGUUGUCACUCACUGCCCAUGCGGCAAAACUCGGCUCGAUUCCAUGCCGGUAGAACCAAGACGGGCUUGUCAGGAUCCCGUCCCGCACUGCGACAAAGCAUGCAAUAAGAUGCUGGCUUGUGGGCAUCUGUGCCCGGAUAAGUGUCAUACCGGCUCCUGCGCGCCUUGCACCCAGUACGCCGACAUCACGUGUCGGUGCGGGAGGACAACGGCCAAGUCUGUAUGUCACCAGGGCAACGUUGAGCACCCGCACUGUUUCCGCGUCUGCCGAGCUCAGCUCAACUGCGGACGACACGAGUGCGGAGACCGCUGCUGCAGUGGCGAGAAGAAGGCGGCCGAGCGGAGAAAGCAGAAGCGGAGCGCCAACGACAACAUCGAACCAGAGCAUAUCUGCUUGCAAGUUUGCGGCCGUCAGCUCAAGUGCGGCAAGCAUACUUGCCAACAACUAUGCCACAAAGGGCCCUGUAUGUCGUGUCCAGAAGCCAUCUUCGACGAGAUUAGUUGCGCUUGUGGACGAACCGUCCUACAGCCCCCGCAACCGUGCGGGACGCGGCAGCCGGAGUGCCGGUUGCGAUGCACGAGAGCUCGUCCAUGUGGCCAUCCGUCUGUCGAGCACCAAUGCCACCCCAACGAGACGCCCUGUCCAAAGUGCCCCUUCCUAGUGGAAAAGCCUUGCGUCUGUGGGAAGAAAUCGCUGAAAAACCAGCCCUGCUGGUUCGAGGAGGGCAGGUGUGGUCUGCCGUGCGGGAAAAAGCUCAAGUGCGGGGCGCACGAGUGCAGGAAGACAUGCCACAAGGAUGGGGAGUGCGAAGAUGUCGACAUCUCCGGUUCGCAUUGCUCUCAGCCCUGUGGCAAAGUUCGGAAAUCGUGCGAGCAUACGUGUGCCGACCAGUGCCACGCGCCGUAUGCCUGCAAGGAGGACAAACCAUGUCAGUCCAAGACAUUCAUUACUUGCCCCUGCCAGCACCGGAAACAAGAAGUCCGAUGCCAGGCGACGAAGCUCAACCCGUCACCUAACGCAGAGUCAUUUCUCAAAUGCGACGAUGAAUGUCUCCGUCUCCAGCGGAACCAAAAGCUCGCCGAGGCACUCAACAUUGACCCCAACACGCACGCCGACGAUCAUGUCCCGUAUUCCGACCUCACCCUCAAGCGGUUUCGGGAGAAUAUCAAAUGGGCUCAAGAACAGGAGCGCGAGUUCCGCGUCUUCGCCUCGGCACCGGAGAAGCGCCUCCGUUUCAAGCCCAUGCAAGCCCAUCAGCGCGCUUUUCUCCACGCCCUGGCCGAGGACUUCGGUCUUGACUCGGAAAGCCAGGACCCGGAGCCGCACCGCCACGUGUGUGUCUUCAAGACGCCGCGAUUCGUCUCAGCGCCGCAAAAGACGCUGGCACAAUGCCUCCGCAUCGCCCAGGCGGCUGCCAGCCUGGGUACCGGCACCUCGUCGAUCAAACCGAGAGCGGCCGCCCCCACUCAGCAAUUACAGCAGCAGCCCUUCAACGCGCUCCUCCUCAAGGACCCGCGGUUCGGCCUGACAAUCGACGAACUGGACGCCGCGCUGGCGCCAGACCUCGCCACGGUCUCCCGCUCCAGUCCCGCGCUGACCUUCGCCACCAGCUUCUUCCCUUCUUCGGACGAGGUUCUGAUCAAGGCCACGCUGAGCCUCACGGCCGCCGCCAUCGCCACCUCGCUCGCGCCGACCCCGCAGGCGGUCGAGUCGGCUCUAUUGAGCCUCAAGGCUACCGUCGCGAGGACAGUGUCCCGGCUGGGCCUCGCCGGCGCCGUGUCGCUCUGUCAUGUCGAUGCGUCCUCGCAGGCCAUUACCCGUCGAGAGGGUGACGCGACCGCUGGCAGCAACGGGGGUUGGAGCGCGGUUGCGAGCCGGGGGCCGUGGCGGAGGACGGUGAAUAAUAAGGCGCCGGUGGCUGCUGCUGCGAGCGAGCAGCGGGUUCCGAGCGCGUUUGUGGCGCUGAGGCGGUUGGAGGCGAAGAAGAAGAGGGCUGCGGAGGAGGAGGAGCAGGUGGAGGAGGACUGGCUGGCUGCUGUUGAGAAGGAAGAGCGGGAGCGGAGUGGGAGUGAGGAGGGGGAAGGUGGGAGUCGGAGUGGGAGCGAAGAAGGGGUGGCUCAGGGUGUUGAGGGAAUUGUGCGUGAGAAACGAGACGGGAGUCCUGAGGUCAAGCAGGAGGAUAUGCAGGUUGACACUGUGUCCGUUGCGCCUGAGGUUGCGGUGGAUGUUUAGUCUCGUACGUCAAGAAGACUUGUUGAAACUCGAUCUCUAGGCUAUGCCCAUCGUCCUUGAGAACCAAGCAGAACUAGUCCAUGAUCAUAAAGUCAUAUGGCAGAUU